UCGACUCUUCUCCGCUGUACACCCAGGUCUGCAGGUCUAGGUCCAUUUCCCCUUCGCCGCCUGUACACUAAACAAACUCCUUCCGGCUACUCACUCACUCACUUCACUCACUCACUCGCGAGUCGGACGCGGAAAACCCACACAACAACCGACCGCCAUGGCGCUGCUCUCGUCGACGGCGCUCCUCUACGCCGUCCCGGCCCUGGUGGCUUACUACCUCAUCUCGUCCUACCUCGACCGUCGCCGCCUCCAGCAGUUCGCCAAGGCCAACGGCGCGACGUUCCCCAGAUAUGUGCCCACCAAGCUGCCCCUGGGCAUCGACUUUGUCUGGCGCGCCAUCACCACGACGCGCAAGGGCGGCGACCUCCUCGACGACGUCGUCGGCGCCAACUACGACGCCAACGGCACCACCUUCUCCAUGCCGGGCUUCUUCGGCCCCUCCGAGGUGUACACCAUCGACCCGGCCAACAUCCAGGCCGUGCUGGCCAACAAGUUCAAGGACUUUGACCUCGGCGAGAGGAGGAUCAAGCAGUUCAAGCCGCUGCUGGGCAACAGCAUCUUCACCGCCGACGGCGCCUUCUGGGAGCACUCGCGCGCCCUCUUCCGCCCGCAGUUCUCGCGCGACCAGAUCAACGACCUCGACAAGACCGAGGCCGCCGUGCAGGCCCUGUUCAGGGCGCUGCCGUCGGUCGGCGUCAUGGGCGACGGCGGCGACACCGUGACCGUCGACAUCAUGCCCAUGCUCUUCCGCUUCACGCUCGACACGGCCACGGGCUUUCUCUUUGGCGAGAGCGUCGAGUCGCAGACGGCCGCCGCCACGGGCAUCUCGUCGACGACGAGCGCCGCGACCGCCAUGGCGGUCGACCAGGGCAGCGGCAGCGACAACGACAUGAGUUUCGCCGACGCCUUCCACGAGGCCCAGGACUGGAUCACGAUGCGCGUGCGCCUCCAGGGCCUGUACUGGCUCGCGCCGAGCGCCACGGGCAAGAAGGCGGCGGACUACAUGAGGCGGUACACCGACCACUACGUCCGCCUCGCCCUCAGCUCGGCCAAGCCGCCGGCGCCCGAGAAGGAGGGCGGCGAGGCCGGGUACAGCCUGCUGGACACGCUGGCGACGCAGACGCGCGACGAGGACGAGCUGAGGGACCAGCUGCUGGGCCUGCUGCUCGCGGGACGGGACACGACGGCGUCGCUGCUGGCGUGGGUGCUGCUGCUCCUGGCGCAGCACCCGGCCGUCUUUGACCGGCUCCGGGCCGAGGUCGUCGAGGCCUUUGGCGAGUACGAUGCCGAGGGCGGCGACACGUCGCACAUCGACUUCGCCUCGCUCAAGGCGUCCAAGUACCUGCAGUUCGUGCUGCGCGAGACGCUGCGCGUGUACAACGUGGUGCCGCUCAACCUGCGCAUCGCGGCGCGCGACACGGUGCUCCCGCGCGGCGGCGGCGCCAACGGCCAGCAGCCCAUCGUCGUGCGCAAGGGCCAGACGGUCAACUUCUCGCCCUACCUGCUGCACCGCCGCGAGGACGUGUGGGAGGCCGCCAUGGAGUUCAAGCCCGAGAGGUGGGAGGGCGUCCGGCUCGACUGGAACUACGUGCCCUUCAGCGGCGGGCCGCGCAUCUGUCUCGGACAGCAAUUUGCUUUGACCGAGGCCGCGUAUCUGCUCGUCAGGUUGCUGCAGAGGUUCAAGUCCAUGGAGUGGCUGGGCCCCCAGGGGAAGCCGAGGAAGGACGUCCACUUCACGAUGGCGCCGAGGGACGGCGUCCACGUCAAGUUUCAGUAUGCGUAGUCUUUUCUCGUUUCGUCUUCUCAUAGGUUAUCGAAAAGAAUCGAGACGGGGCGCCUGGUGACCAAAGGCCGAGUGAGUUGUUCGUCUGCCUGCUCUUGACUGGGGACAGCUUGGUUUGCGCGGCCAGUAUGUGUUAUCGGAAUGUCCAGGGGCUCUGGGGCGUGUCUGAAUUCUCGUGUUUUAUAUAAGACGGCUUGCUCUAUCGAGAUCACAACGACAUUCCAAAGUGAAUGCCGGAAGGUCUAUCACAUACUAUCAACCAGAAGACCUUCGUAGAC